GGACUUGAAAGCCAAUCAUGUAGCUAACCAGAGUUAAUAAAAAUCCUAGUGAAAUCCGGAGUAAAGGGGGAAAAAGAUCACAAUACUGGAUUCCCUUAUAAAGAAAGCCCAAAAAGAGAACAGUAAAAAUUAAAAGAUGGAAACACAUCCAUGACCACGACCAGUUAAAUAAAUGAUUUUAGAAGAUUAUUAUAUAUAUCUUUUUUAACGGCGCUUGUGGGUUCUCGCGUUCUUUAAUUUUAAUUUUGGUUUCCGGCAAACUGAGAAAAAGAAAAAAAAAGAGAAGAGAGGAGAGGAGAAAACCCUAGGCGUGAUUCUCUCGUAGCUUCUUAGCUUAAUCCGGCUAGGGAUUUGUAGAGAUCUGAUUGUUAGAUACGCACCACGAGAGAGGAGAGGAGAGUGAUGUCGGAUUCUGAGAAAGAGAUCGAGAAUCAGAUUCUGGAAGCAGGGGAAAAGCUUGUUGAUCCACCUUCUUCACUCGAUGAGCUUCUUCCUCUCCUUGACAAAAUCUUCACUUGCUUAGUAGAUGUUGAGCAGUCACCUCCUGCCUCAAUGCAGAAUGCGCUCUCUCCAUUGAUGACAGCAUUAGUCGAUGGGAAACUCGUCAAGCAUUCUGAUAUCGAUGUGAAAGUUGCAGUCGCUGCCUGCAUCAGUGAGAUUACUAGAAUAACUGCUCCGGAUGCUCCUUAUGAUGAUGAUAAGAUGAGGGAAGUAUUUAAGCUAAUCGUAUCAUCAUUUGAAAAUUUAGACGACGACUCUAGUCGCUCCUAUUCCAAAAGGACCUCGAUCCUUGAAACUGUGGCCAAGGUCAGAUCGUGCGUUGUGAUGUUGGAUCUUGAAUGUGAUUCACUUCUUAUCGAGAUGUUCCAAAACUUCUUGAAGGCCGUUAGGGACCAUCAUACAGGGAACUUAUUUUCUUCUAUGGAGAACAUUAUGACACUUGUUUUAGAAGAAAGCGAGGAGAUACCUCCAAAGAUGCUUUCACCAAUUCUGCAUUAUGUUAGAAAGGAUGAUGAGGUUCCCCAAGUAUCACGGAGUUUAGCAGAACAAGUUCUCAGUAAAUGUGCUAGCAAGCUCAAAAAUUAUCUGACUGAAGCAGUGAAAUCGUCGGGUGUCUCUUUAGAUAAGUAUAGUAAGGUAGUGGCUUCGAUAUGUGAAGGGACAUUCAGUGCUUUGCAGCAGGACCAACUUGUUGAGAAUGAGAAAGAGGAUAGUCAAGGUCAUUUAACAAAGGAAGCAGAAGUAGAGCAGGAUAAACAGGAGGCAGAAGUAAUUUCUACACCCGAGCGAACUGAUCCACCUAAGGACGAAUCAAGUAAGUCAGGAGUCAGCAAUGGCAUUGCGCAGCAAAAUGAUUCUUCUGUUGAUACUGAGUCUACAAAGAAGCUAGAUGAUACGAAUGCUAAAGAUGAGCCUGAACAACUUGAUAAUCCUAGCAACACUGGCUUGGAUAAUACAUCUGAAGAGAAACCAACUGUUGAACAUCAAACUCAGGAAAGAGAACCUAGUUCUGUCAAAGAGGUGGAUUCAUCAAAAAGUUCAGAUGUCAAGGAGGAGACUGAACCUGAAGCACUCUUGGAAAGCAAGGAUGUGCAAAGUUUGCCUCCUGAUGAUUCAUCUGUUAACGCUGCUGCUUCUGAAAAUGAUCAGGAAACAAGUGUGCAGGCUUUUCCAUCGAAGACAUCAGCUGAUGAAACUGCCAAUGUCAGUUCUCCAUCUAAGGCUGAAGAUCUUGUUGAGGAAAUCCGGCCGAAGACGACUACAAAGCAGAAGAAAAAGGGGAGCUCGACGAAGGAGGCCAAGCCAUCAGCUGAUGAAACUGCCAAUGUCAGUUCUCCAUCUAAGGCUGAAGAUCUCGUUGAGCAAAUCCAGCCUAAGACGACUGCAAACCAGAAGAAAAAGGAGAGCUCGACGAAGGAGGCCAAGUCAUCAUCUGAUGAAACUGCCAAUGUCAGUUCUCCAUCUAAGGCUGAAGAUCUCGUUGAGGAAAUCCAGCCUAAGACAACUGCAAACCAGAAGAAAAAGGAGAGCUCGUCGAAGGAGGCCAAGCCAUCAGCUGAUGAAACUGCCACUGUCAGUUCUCCAUCUAAUGCUGAAGAUCUUGUUGAGGAAACCCGGCCUAAGACGACCGCAAACCAGAAGAAAAAGGAGAGCUCGGGGAAGGAGGCCAAGCCAUCUGCUGCUAGUGUUACCGAAGAAGCUCCCGAAGAAACAAACACUUCUGAAGCUAAAGUGACAAAAAAGUCCGGAAAAAAGGUUGCCUCAUCAAGUAAAGCCAAGUCUGCUGUUUCUCCUUCAAAGAAAAGCACCUCUGAGACAAAAGCUGCAAAGCAGUCAGAGAAGAAGGCAGUUGAGAGUGAUAAUGUACAAGAAUCCUCAAAGCCAAAAGUGGAAAAGAAAAAAACAGGACGUGGGAAAGCCAUGGAUGAUAAUUCUUCAGGUGAUAGUGAAAAACCGGCUGUUUCCUCUGGAAAGUCAGCCUCAAAGUCAAAGAAAGAAGUGAAGGAACCGAUAGAAGAGAGUCCUAAUACAAGCUCAAAGAGAAAACGAAGUCUGGGCAAAGCAUCUGAUCUCCAAACCCCUGACGGAAAUAUAGUUGGGUCGAGGGUCAGGGUCUGGUGGCCUAUUGAUAAAGCGUAUUAUAAAGGUGUGGUCGAUUCAUAUGAUUCUGCUAAGAAGAGACAUCUGGUUAUCUAUGAUGAUGGAGAUCAAGAAAUCUUGAAUCUUAAGAAACAGAAGUGGCAUUUUCUGGAUGAAUCAGAAACAGAGCAGGGUGAAGAAGCUGCUGAUCAGACAGGUCAUGAGGAAGAAGAGCCCCAGAGUAAGAAAGCUAAGACAGGCAAGCAAUCAAAGAUUGGAGCAUCAGGGAAAAAGGGUGGUGGGGCUGGUUCAAGCAAGUCUAAAGCUACUCCUGCUUCCAAGUCCGGCAAGAAGUCCCAGGAUGACAAACCAAAGGAUUCAAAGGCGGCUAAAGGCAAAGCAAAAUCUACACCUGCUUCUAAGACCAAGGACAGCGAUGUGGAGUCAGAAUCGGAAGAGACGCCGAAGGCACCAGAACCAGCAACCAAGGGGAAAUCAGUCAGUUCAGGCAAGUCGCAGGCAAGUCAGUCCAAGUCCGGUAAGAAGAGGAAGCGAUGAGUCUGGCUGCAGACAAAGGGAUUACGUAAUUUACAGUGGAAAGCUAAGCGCAACGGUGGCGGUGGUAUUGGUCGUUGCGGUGGGCGUAGGUUGGUGGGACUUGACAUCGUUUUGGCACUAGAAGUGUAGAAUUGUUUUUAUUUAAGACAAGAAGAAGUGUAGUAGUGAGUGGUUUUCACUUAGGAUUGAUUUCAGCUUAUGUAGUAGCGUUAAUGUGUGGAUACAUAAGAUGGCUUUGGUUAUUUUCAUUUUUUUUUAAAGAAUUAUUUUAGCACAUUUUUCCUAUCAUCUCUCCAUUUUGGAUUGUAAACAAUAAAUCUUUAGGUUGAGUUAUUUGUUUAUGCUAUUCAUAAUCAUAAUUUAUAAAAAAAAAAUCAUUAGCCAA